GCACUCGUUGGCUGGGGCGGACACGGUAAGCGGAGGGAUAGUGAUGUCACGACGAGCUGAGCGCUAUCUGAGGGGAGCGAUCUACAGUGCGCAUGCGCAGUACGCCUUGGCUGCUCCAGGGGCUGCUGUGUGACUAUACACAGUGGAGGCAGUGAGAGACAUGGCAAGAGAUGGCGAGGGGGAUGAGCAGACUCCAAUCACUGCUGCUCUCAUGAAGGAGAGCGGGCCUUAAAGCUAAGGGAGAUAUUAUUUUAAAAAAAACAAAACAUUAAAAAUAGCUAAAGAGGACAGGCUCCCACUGUAAAGCAUUCCUGGGACUUUAUUAUUUCUAUAGCACGCCAGAUAGAUGUGUUGUUCACAAGCCUGCACGUAUAAUAAUGAACGCUCAGCUGACCAUGGACAAUAUUGGCGAUCUGCACGGGGUGAGCCAUGAGUCGGUAUCAGCCGCCGCUGAUCUGAUGAACAGCAGCCCGCACCACCGGGGCUCGGUGAGCCAUCGAAACAAUCACCUGUCUGCACAUCCGAGAUCCAUGGGCAUGGCUUCGAUACUGGACGGCGGCGAUUACCACCACCACCACAGACCCCCCGACCAUGCACUAACGGGGCCACUCCAUCCUACCAUGACCAUGGCUUGCGAGACCCCUCCUGGGAUGAGCAUGAGCAGCACCUACACCACGCUGACACCCCUGCAGCCUUUACCACCCAUAUCCACCGUGUCGGACAAAUUCCCACAUCACCACCACCACCAUCACCACCAUCAUCACCCUCACCAGCGGAUACCGGGCAACGUAAGCGGCAGCUUCACGCUUAUGAGGGAUGACAGGGGUCUGGCAUCUAUGAACAAUCUCUACACCCCUUACCACAAGGAGGUAACCGGUAUGGGGCAAAGCUUAUCACCUCUAUCCGGAUCUGGUCUAGGGAGCAUCCACAAUGCCCAGCAAGGUUUGCCCCAUUACGCUCACCCCAGUGCCACCAUGCCCACAGAGAAAAUGCUCACCCCGAAUGGGUUUGAAGCCCACCACCCUGCCAUGCUGUCAAGGCAUGGAGAUCAACAUCUUACCCCGCCAUCUGCGGGCAUGGUGCCUAUCAACGGGAUCCCGCAUCACCCUCAUGCCCAUUUAAAUGCCCAGAGUCACGGGCAGAUUCUGGGAUCCACCAGGGAGCAAAAUUCUUCUGUGACUGGAUCACAAGUCAACAAUGGAAGUAAUUCAGGGCAAAUGGAGGAAAUCAAUACCAAAGAAGUAGCUCAGAGAAUCACCACUGAGCUGAAGCGGUACAGCAUUCCACAGGCGAUCUUUGCCCAAAGGGUGCUGUGCCGGUCACAAGGGACCCUCUCAGACCUACUGAGGAACCCCAAACCUUGGAGCAAACUGAAAUCCGGCCGGGAGACCUUUCGCAGAAUGUGGAAAUGGCUCCAGGAGCCUGAAUUCCAGAGAAUGUCAGCACUCAGGCUAGCAGCUUUGGUACCCGCCGACCCGGUAUUUCAGCACUCUGGACAGUUGCCUGCAGAUUCCCUGGUUAAAAUCGGCUAUCCAUCACAAAGCUCCCAGUCUAAUCACAUGUCAUGUAAACGAAAAGAACAAGAGCAUGGCAAGGACAGAGGGAAUACACCUAAAAAGCCAAGGUUAGUCUUCACAGAUGUCCAAAGGAGGACUCUCCAUGCAAUAUUCAAAGAAAACAAGCGUCCAUCCAAAGAAUUACAAAUAACCAUUUCCCAGCAGCUAGGCCUGGAGCUCAGCACAGUCAGCAACUUCUUCAUGAAUGCGCGCAGGAGGAGUCUAGAUAAAUGGCAGGAUGAGGGGAGCUCUGGCAGCACAUCAUCUUCAGCAAGCACUUGUACCAAAGCAUGAAGGGAACACAAAACCCCACAGAAACUAAAACCUCGGUGGAAAAGCUUUAAUAAAAAAAGACAAGGACCUCAAAAUAGCAGGUUUAUACUUUAGAACUGUUUGAAAACCAAAA